AUGUAUUCCAAGUCUGUGGCUCAAUCACCAUGUGAAAAAAGGUGCAACUGUUGGGAGGAAUUUAAAUUUGUGAACUGCUCCCGUGCUGCUUAUAACUACAUUCCUCGUGAUAUUCCUUUAUUCGCAGAGUACUUUGAUCUAUCCAAAAACAAUCUCACAGUAAUUUCUAGGGGGGCUUUCAGAUCCCUUUGGAAGCUGAAGGUGCUGUUAAUUAAUGACAACAACAUCGAUUUCGUUGGGGAUGGUGCUUUUUCUUGCCUUGAAAGUCUCCAGAGAUUGGAUCUCAGCCGCAACAAGAUCUCCAUUAUUACUAGUGGAUUUUCCACUGGCCUGGGUUCCCUGAGGGAGCUACAUCUGUCAGAAAAUAAGCUGAGGUCCUUAGGCAGCAGGAGCCUUCAACAGCUGGACAACCUGCAGAAGCUCUACUUGAACAACAACAGCAUUAGCUUCAUUGAGAACAGAGCCUUUAGUCGCAUGACCUGUCUCAGGAAGCUACACCUUGGGGAGAACAAGCUGAUAACCCUUAACAAUGGCAUUUUUUCCAUGUUAAAAUCACUGGAGGUUCUCAUCCUGGAAGGAAAUGCAAUCAAUUCAACUGAACUUAAUGUUUUCACACCCUUAAACAGCUUAGUCAUACUAAACUUAGUCCAUAACAAUUUGAAGACUGUCAAGGUCAAGGCUUUCCUCAGCAUUCAUACCUUUGGGACUCACAUUUUAUUGGCAGGCAACCACUGGCACUGUGACUGUGAUCUCCAGCGCAUCUUCAGGAAACUACGUAGUGUGCAGAAGCUCUUUUUGGAUGAUUACUUCAACUUGACGUGCAAAGAGCCACGUGAGCUUAAUGGCUACAGGCUUGUAGAAGUAGACAAUGAGCUAUGCAUCGGGGAGACAGUAACAGUCCUGAUCAUCACCUUCACUGUUCUAAUCACUGUGGUGGCAGCCAUUGUAAUGGCAGAAAGGAAAAGGAAGAAACAUACUGGCAAGCAUUGGAGUGAAGAUAGUGACAUCAGCUAUGAUUCUCAGAACUAG